GUUCAAUGUUGCCAAAUCGUGCAGAAAAACAGAAGUGCUUCCUUAUCACUUACUCCACGUUUUUUCGUUUAUCGUUGCGUCCGUUUUCUACAUUCUCUUGGAAAAAAAAUACUGGGAUAAAGUAAAAGUAAGUUAAGAAAAUCUAUCGGUUAUUUUUUCUGAAGCAUGCUGUUGUUUACAUCCUGUCUUUCACAUGAUGGGCUAUAUGACAGUGGAGGAACAUAGCCCCACCCUGCUGCAUCUCAAGAGGGCCCCUGGGAUACGCUCGUGGUCUCUUCUGGUUGGCAUAUCAUCUAUUGGGUUAGCUGCGGCCUACUACAGUUCAGACAGUAUCCUGUGGAGGCUGUUCUACAUCAGCGGCUGUCUGUUUGUGGCGAUGCAGAACAUGGAGGAGUGGGAGGAGGCUGUGUUUGAUAAGACCAAGAACCUGAUCGAGCUCAAGACGUUCAGCUUGUAUGCAUAUGUCCUCACACUGUGGAAGAAGGGACAAGAGAAAGUGGUGUUGGACAUGGCGCAUUUGCGAGACGUCUGCGUCCAAGAGGAAAAGGUGCGCUACUUGGGCAAAGGCUACCUGCUAAUGCUACGGCUAGCUACAGGCUUUUCCUACCCCCUCACCCAGAGCGCCAUGCUUGGAGGACGCAGUGACGUGGAGGCAGUAGCAGCUUUACUGAAGAAGUUCAUGGGCCUGGACGAGCUGCACAAGCGAUCGCAACAAGAAGAGGAGGAUUACGGAGCUGACGAGGAAGAGGAGAGCAGCGAAUCAGAGCAUGAACUUUGACCCCCGUCUGAUGCCAAUUUUGAACUUUCUGUUUAGGGCAACUAGGGACGCCAGUUUAUCAAAAGGGUUAUGAGGGGCGUAUCAAAUGAAUCUUACUUAAAGAAUCUUACUGCUAACCAUAAGGAGGGUUCGAAUAGGGCUUGGGAGAGAUCACUAGAUUACUCAAACAUGCAUAGAUGACACCAAAAAUGUCAUGUUUUUGAUGAAGGAACAAAGUUAUAACAUGGUAGAAAUCUCCAAAAACCAAUGCACAAUACCCCCUCUUUAACAUAUAACAUAACAAUUCUACUAGUAUGCUUUUGUAUCUAUGUUGCACCCCAUUUCUGUACAAAUUGUGCCAUCUGCUUGUCUCCCUAAAAUGUCCCACUGUAUGGCAUUAAACCUAUCUGUCUCCAUGGGGACAAGCAGGUGACCCCUCCAAGGGAAGUUAAGGGUAACAUCUGUGAAGGCUUGACUCCACACACAGUAGAAAGGCUUGUUUUUCCAAGGCAUUUUAGAGCAAUCUCACGCUCCAUUCUCUGUAUCAGACCGUUGUGAUGGAGAGGGUCAUGGUCAUGAGCUCUGGGUAAUGGCCAAAAGGAUGAGGUCUUAGAUAGAAGCGGCCGAAAUGAGUUUCCUCCGCAGGGUGGCUGGGCGCUCCCUUAGAGAUAGGGUGAGGAGCUGAGUCACAUGGGAGGAGCUCAGAGUAGAGCCACUGCUUCUCCCUGUGGAGAGGAGCUGAGGUGGCUUGGGCAGCUGCUCCAGACGCCUCCUGCGCUGCCCUCGGCAUGUCCCACCGGAAGAAAGCCACAGGGAAGACCCAGGACACGCUGGAGGGACUAUGUCUCUGGGCUGGAAUGGGAAAGCCUUGGGUUCCUCCCGGAGGAGCUGGAGGAAGUGUCCGGGAUGAAGGAAGACUGGGUGUCCCUGCUUAGGCUACCGCCCCUGCGACCCGGCCCCGGAUAAGUGGAAGAAAAUGGAUGGAUGGAGUUUAGAACAAUAAAAAUGUAACCUGUAAUUGAAUACAUAAAUAAUGCGUAAUACGUAAAUAAGUUUAAUGCUAUACUGUGGGACAUUCAUGGUAAAGCAGUAACAUCUCCAUGGAGACAAGCAGGUUAUGACCUUCUAUAAGAACAGUAAUAUGGUGCAACCUUUUUGUCAGAUCCUGUUACAAGUGUCUUUGGCUCUGGAGCAGAGUCGAUACUCUAUACUGAUUCCAAAACCACAAUAAUAUAAAAAACUCUCCUUAUUUACACAAUAGAAUGUACUGUACUAUAAUACUCUAUAUAAAUGAUGAAACAUUAGAUGCAAUACUGACAUCCCUGUGUGCUACUUAUUUGUGUUGUUACAUUGAAAUAUAUCGGUUAUAUCUGGGAACAUUGUGUGAAUCAAACCUAUACUACCAUUUUACAAACUUUGCAAAAUAGCGGUGCCUUCCUACUGACCUAUAAUACGUGUUUAUAUCAUUCAAAGCUGUAAUGAUAAUAAUAAUCACCGUUUGAACAUUUCCUAAACAGUUGAACGCAAACUAUAAUUAAGCGCCAAGGAUUUGGGGCCAAACAUGAAAUACCUCAAAUUGUUGUUUUCGUUGUAUUCUAAAACCAAAGAUUGAGAUUUUAGGAGAAAAUGUGGGAAUCAUGAUUUAUUGUUUGUGUGUCCAUAAAAAGGUUUUUAAUUAUGCUUGGAUGAUAUAUUUUUCCUCACAGAAAAAGAAGUAAAUAUUUUAAAUUCGUG